AUGCGGACUAACAUUGGAAGGGGUUUAGGGCUUCGAGAUUUCAACGAUGUCCAAUGUUCUCUCCACACGAAAUUUACAUGGCGCCUCCUGGCUAUUGAUAAUCUGUGGACCCGUUUUUUCAACGCUAUGUAUGCUAAAAGUGGGCACUUAUUGCUUGCUAAAAAUACAGCAUCUUGUUCACGGUUUUGGAAAUCUAUUAUGUCUGUUUUGCCCGAUGUAUGUGACAUUAUACUAUGGAAAGUUGGAACUGGUAGGAUCUCUUUCUGGUUUGAUCAGUGGAUGGAGAAUGGUCCCCUUUGUUUGAGAGUUUCAGAAGUACCCAAUCCUUUGAUUCAAAUUAGAGAGUGCUGGGCUGACAAUGCUUGGGAUUUUGAGCUUCUUGAAAACUUGGUGGGUGCAGGUAUUAUGGGAGAAAUUGUGUCCUCAAUAACUGCUGGGAAAGAGGGGGAGGAUAUUAUUGUGUGGAAGCCUUCCACAGAUGGUUGCUUUUCGUUGGCUGGGGAGUUUGCGUCUCAGCUGUGGCAACGAGUAGCAAGGGAAGUGGGUAUUUCGGUUUUGGCACCGACAACAUGGUGGGGAUGUGUAUCCCAGUGCUUUGCGCUAGCAAAGAGGAACUCACAGUGUGAGGGAAACCAGAGAGCGAAACCAGAGAGGGAGAUCAAAACUGAAAGAGGUCUCCGUCGUGCUGUGGAUGCCCCUAUGCAACCCAUUCAUCUAAGAGUUGCUAGAAGUGUUUCAUGGAGUAAGCCAGCAUCGGGUUAUGUUAAACUCAAUGUCGAUGGAAGUUGUAAAGGAAACCUAGGGACCUGCAAUGGAGGAGGGGUGAUUUGGGAUAGUGCUGAGUGUGACUCUAAAAUUGUGGUGGACUGGGUCAUUGCUGGGAGUUGUUUAGUGUGGUACCUUUGGGAUUUCUGGGAGGAAGCUCGUCAGGAAUUAUAG